AUGAACUUUAUAAAGGAUGCAAUAACCAGGGUUGGCCGUUCUGCUCGUCAAUUGGAAUCAUUCACCAGUUCACAAAAGGGUAAUGUGCUUUUACCCACGUCGAAAGAAGACUCAACACCAAGAGUAAUACACAAGCCUAAUAGAAAUUUAACCAAUGCAGAUCUUCAUAAAUUCAGACCAUUAGUGAAAGGAUAUCAGCGGAAAGUAUAUCAGGACUUUUUGGAGCCGUUGGGGAUUUCAAAUCUAAAAGUAUUCAAUAAUGAUCUCCCUAAGUAUAAUUCGGACUUGGCCAAAAUUGUAUGGGUACGAAAAACCAACCAAGAUACGGUGAACGUUUUCAAUAACUUCUUGGAAGAUAGAAUAAUAUUCAACCAAAUGAUGGAUUUGCUAAUCGAUAUAACACCCGAAUAUUUAAAAUCGGACGAGGUAAAUAAUGAUCAAACGAUUACGAGAAUACUAAAACAGCAAGAUCACCAAGACCGUAUGAACAAGUUUUCCGAUAUAACCCCAAGAUACCACUUCCAUGAAAUACCACCGAUGCCACUAUUAGAUGCAGAGAGUUUUCAAAAAUAUAUCUACUUUCUUACGCACCUGAAGAUCUUAUACAAGAAUUCACUGUCACUACAAAAUGGCCUUGUAUCGGACAUAUUGUUACAUACGCAUAAAAUAACCAACACAAAGUACCAACCAUUCCGCUCAGUAUACACCUACAAUGACUUGAUCAAGUUUUUUGGAUAUGAUAAGAAUCAGAGUUCGUUUGCAAGAGAACUAUUACUCGUGAUGAAUAAAGACGGUCACAAACCCAACAUCGAUACAAUCAACAAUUUGUUGAAGCUAUGCCAAACACACUCCAAAAUUCGAUCCAUUUCUAACACAUACCAAAUUAUAAUAAAAUAUUUGAAGCUCAGUAAGUCAUUGAAUAUCGAAAUUAAUUUGACGACCUGGAGCAGGAUUUAUGACCUGAUCAACAAUAUUUUUUUAAAAGAAUUAUUCAUAAAUAAAAUAAUCAGCAUUAAUUUGCCUAUUCUGAAGAAUUUAAGCAUUAGGAUUCUUGAUGACUACAUGGAAACCACAAAGGACACAAACGAACUUAUAACAUUCAUAGAAAACGAUUUGCAGGUGGAAUGGCGCCAGGAUUCGAAGUUCCUCAAUAAAAUCAUAUAUCAUAAAGCAAUCAAUGCGACGCAAGAUCAGCUACAUGAGUUAUGGUCAUUUGUGAGCGCUUGUGAAAUUGACAGCUUUUCCAUUAAAUACUUGUUCGAAGGCAUUAUCAAGAAUAAGCAAAUAUCUAAUAAAGACCUUUUACUUGUAUCCCUUUAUUCCAACAUUAAUGAUAAUCUCUACGAUAAUCCUGAUAUUUAUAAAUUUAUAAUACUGGGAGUAUGUGAAAAUAAAGACAACUAUUCUUAUAAUAAAAUUGCAUUCAUUCUCCGCGGAUUGAUCCACGACGCUACUCACUACUUAGGAUUACCACAGGAGGUCACUAAAUACGAGACAAAUAAAUCAGUUUCGGAAAACUUCAAGAUCCUCAAGAGACUAGUUGGAUUCAAGCUAACCAAAUUCGAAGGUAAAUUAGCUUAUUAUAACCGAAAGGGAUCUCCUCUCCUCUCAUUACUGGCCCUGUUGUCUAUGGAGGAAAGAAACCUUUGGAUAGGUCUCAAGGCUCAUAUCAAGCAAAAGAACAAUCCAAUGGACCCCAAGGAAAUCAUAGAUCAUCUACAAUUGGAGCCAUGUACAGUAUUGGUUCCCCAAGACCAAAUUAUCAAAUACGAGCAGUACCAAAACCGCAAAACCGCAAAUGCCAGAAACAGAGAUCGCUUGUAUAAACUUCAACAGGGAAUAGACAACUACACCGUUCAACAAAUGACCGAAAGAGGUAUCAUCGUGUGA